GUGACAUGAGUCAGUGACUUACGGAUGCCGGUGAGGACACCCUCAUGAUUGUCAGCGACUCGAUGGCGACUCGUCCUGCCCUCCUUCACACUCUCGCCGAGUGGGAGUCAUGAACUGCUGCAAGGUGACGCGUCUCCUGAUUUCGACCCAAACUUCCAACGAGACGCGCCGCGCCACUCUUUGCCCGCUCUGAGUCUCCGGUCAGACAGACAGACAGCCGGACUCUCGCCUGACACCCGGGCCCCCUCCAGCAACCGGGACCUACCGCGCGAAGCAGUGUGGCCACAAGCCGGCCGAGCGAGCGGUGUCAGCGGCGGCAACCCUGCGGGGAAUGUCGGCCGGGGCCGUCGCUCCUGACGUCGGCCUCCUUCCUCGCGUGUCACAGCAGCGCAGCCAGAAUGAGGUCCAAGUGUGUCCACUGAAGCAUGACGAGGGAGGAGCAGCAUGGCGGCGUCAGGCCUAACCCGGAGCCUCAGUCUGUUUCCAGUCAGCCACAGCGUUGCCUGACGGUAAUGUGAACUCCAGUCGAGGGCACAACUUUUCUCCUACAGCGGUCCUCAGUUUCUCUCAGCAGCCAAUCAAAUGCUUACUGACAAUAAACUGGCCAAUCAUGGCAAGCAGCACAGCGGGGACGGACGAUCUCAAAUAGCCGCCGUCAACCUGCAGGCUCCGCCUCAGCAGCAGCAGGCGGCCACCGGUCACCUGGGGCCCAAGAGCCGCCUUGGCGCCGGGGGGGGCCAUGGGGUCCACAAAAGCAACUCUGCGCCAAAGGCUGCCAGCCAAUCGGCGAGCAGCGUCGGAGGGAUGCUAAAAACCAAAAGCAAGCGGGAGAGGAGCGUCUCUGUGGACUCUGGUGAUUUGCGGCACGCUGCUCCUAAAGCCCUGGAGGCCGACGCCAAGGCAGAGGGUGUGACACGCAGUAAGCGGCGCUGUGUCCUGGAGAAGAAGCAACCAUACAGUGGAGAUGAGUGGUGCUCUGGCCCUGACACGGAAGACGAUGAGGACAAGCCACGCUCCACAACUCACCGUGAGCGAGGACAGCCAGGUCCCAGGCAAGUAAAUCCUGAUCAUCCAUCUGCCGGGCCCACACCUGAACCUAUAAUGGCUCGUGGACCUGGAACUGGACCUGUACUGAAGGCGGGACCGGCGCCGCCGUCCUCACAGCAAAUGCUGUAUGUUUUCACAACCAGCCUGGCCAACAGCGCUGCAGAGGCAGUUAUGAAAGGAAAGAUGGAUUCCAUUCUGCAUUUUCACCAGCAAAAUGUUCCACGAGCCAAGCUGGAGCAGGGCUACCAACCGGGGAGGAUCUCAGAGAAGGUGAACUCCAGCUUGUCUCCACCGACAGGCACCCCGAAAUCCAAAAGUGGAACUCCACAGCCCGUGUCCACAGGAGGCGGCGCACCCUUGUUCGCAGCAGGAACACCGACAUCCGCAGGACGCUCUGAUAAUGACUCCCCUCAAACCAGACUUGGUGGCCUCUCUAGCGGUAACUGCGUUCUCUCAAGUAGGCCGGAAGGAGAUGGCACAUCCACACCUGUUGGACCAGUCUCAGGAACUGCACACGGAGAGGGCCUCCCGGUUGCUACUCUCUCUCCAUCAGGGAGUCCCUCCAUCUUGUCUGCACAUUUACAGAGUGACACAGGCCAGAGGAGUGGCCCCGGGAAUGCCGGCAGUCUUUCCAAGGAGCAGCUGGAACACAGGGAGCGUUCUUUGCAGACUCUGAGGGACAUAGAGAGACUGUUUCUACGGACUGGAGCAAGAGGAGGCCCUGGUGACGGCAACAGUCAUCUCCCAAAUAACGCUUCCAACGUAAUAAACAGCGGUAGUACUGACCGAGGCGCCAUCCCUGAAGACGGUGACAAUGGUACAAACACUGGAGAUUGCAGUAGUAGUAGCAUGGCGCUUUCUGCUUUGGCCUCAAUGGGGGCCAUGAAGAAGUUUGAAGAACCACUGCAAUCCAUAAUGUCUCAAACACAAUCACUCAGUGCUGCCACUGACAGCCCCGAAAUGGACCCUCACCACAAUCUGCCACAGCAUCCUCAUCAUCAGAUGUCUUCACCUGGCCUUGACAUGGGUCCUUUACUUGGGCUGGAAGGGCUGACCCCAGAACAAAUCGCGUGGCGUAAACUCCAAGAAGAAUACUACCAAGAAAAGAGGAGGCAACAGGAAAUGCAAAAUCCUCAGCACUUUAGAAUGAUGACUGAGAUGGGAAUGCAUGGAGGUCCCGUGAUAAUGAGGGGACCCCCACCUCCCUAUCACAGCAAGCCUGGAGAUCAACAAUGGGGUUCUGCAAAUAUGAUGGGAGGAGGUAUGCCUGGAAAUGUACGAACGGUGGGCAUGCAUCAAGAAGGACCCGGUCGUCCAAAGUUCUUAGCACAUGCGCAGAGGGGUCCACCAGGUGGAGGGGUGUUUCCUGGCAGUCCAGGAGGACUGUUAUCUGUUGAUGGUCUAGGACCCCAAAGGCCCACGAGACCAGGGAUUUGGCUCGAGAACAUGUCUAACCACAUGGAUGGUGGAGGUUCGUUUCCCGGUUGCUACCCUCCUCAGCAUUUGCAGGAUGAACCAGAACUCGUAACUCGUGAGGAAUUGUUCCGCAUCGCGGAGAAACGGCAGGUACAGGGGCUUCCUAGGUUUGAAAUUGAACGGAUGAUUGCACAGCAGCAACAGGGCUCAAGAAUUGUGGAUAAUCCCGGGGGCCCAGACUUCUCCACUUUGGGUAUGGGCCGCGGUCCACCUUCUAAUCAAGGUGAUCCUAUGGACUUUCCUGGUUCACGGGAAAUGAUGGGCUCUCCUGUAGGGGGGCCUCAGAUAAGAGACGUAAUGGACUCUCCUCUAGGGAGCAACCUCUCAAUGCACAUGAACCCACAGAUAAAUAUUCAACAGCAGCACAUGACUCUCUCUCAAAAGCUCAGAAGGGGCGCUGGAAGAGGGGGGCCUUUAAGCGACUUUUUCAGUCCUGGAGAGAUAGCAAGAAUACGAGCAUCACAGAAUGAAAGAAGAAAUGUGGGAAUGAUCCCUGCACCUGAUGGACCAUUUCAUUUUCCAACUCAUGGCCCUUUCUCCAGUGGACCGGGUGAGGGGCCAUAUCCUCAACAACCUGGUUCCGAGAUGUUUGGGCCUGACCAGGAGGGUCGUAAUCAGAUGGGUGGUACAUCACGCCUCAGUCAUAUGCCCGUCACUGGAGACCUCAGAGGAAUGGGUCCUGGUUCUCGGCAUCCAACCGACCUAUCAGUCAAUGUUCACCCAUUGAGCUCUCCUACGGCGCAGCAUCCUCAUCAGCUCAGUUCUCCAUCCUUAAACCGAGAACCACCAGUUCAUCUUCCUUCUCCUUCUGCUCCAGGGCAGAAGUCGCCCUCCAUUAUUGCACCUAUUGGCCCUCACCCUCCUCUUCCGCCUGCUUCUGGCGCAGGGACACCUUGCUCUUCUUCCAUGAAGUCUCCCCAGAUAUUAGGGACUUCGAACCAUGAGUUGCACUCUCCUUCUGUCUCCCCUGGGCGACUCAAGUCCCCAGCCAUUGCUAUGGCCUCUCCGGCAUGGAUGUCUCCUAAAACAGAUCCUUCAAGUCCAGGAGGUCCGACCGUCGGCAGGGUAACAGGCAACGGAGGAAGUCAUCCUGAGACAGGGCGAUCACUACCCCCAAGGAGUUCCAACUCUACCCCAAGCAGCCAGCCAGGCUCGUUGAAUCCCGGUGUGACAUUUACAUCUUCGCCCGAUGCCCCGUCAUCACAGAACCCUCUGUCGCUGAUAAUGUCUCAGAUGUCCAAGUACGCACUUCCCAGUUCAACUCCUCUUUACCACGAUGCAAUCAAAACGAUUGCAACUUCUGAUGACGAGAUGCUGCCUGAUCGACCUCUUCUGCCGGGCGUCAGCAUCGGCGGAGGCAUGGGGAACCCUCCAACCUCCCAGAUCAUGGUCUCCCAGAGUUCCAUUGGUGCCCACAGUGAUUCUCAAAGCCCCUUGGGAAUUCCAAGCCAAGGUCCAGCGCAAUUGCCCCACGAUGCCUCGGAGCGCGUGUUGUCUUCCCCAAACCAAAUGGGCCUACCGCUCAUGAAUUCGGCCAUAAUGGGAGGAGGAAAUGAUGAACUGGGCCCUUGCAAUGUUUCGCCCAUGUCUCAAAACCAGAUGGCCGGUUUUGUCCGCAUGCAGCCAUCGUCUCAUGGGCGUAUGCGUUCACCCAUGGGAAGAAUGUCACAGAAUUUCUCUCAGGCCAGUGAGGAUAUUCUGCCACCUCAGCAGCUGCACCUGCUUAGUAAAGACCCCCACCAACGCCACGAGUCCUUCCCACCUCUGCCCAUGGGAGACGGUCCGGAUCUAAGCGAAGUCAUACGGCCCACUCACUCAGGGAUCCCUGAGUUUGACCUCUCCCGCAUCAUUCCAUCUGAUAAGCCCAGCAGCACUCUGCAGUAUUUCCCCAAGAAUGAACCACACCAGAAUCCAAACCAAGGCUCAACACCACAGCAGCCCACUCCCCAGCAGCUCCUCAAACACUUGUCUUCCUCUGGUCCUCCACAUGGAGGUAUCUCCUCAUCCAACCCCCACUUGGCCAAUCUACAGAACAUGAUGGCUGAGCAGCAGCUGCCACCUCACCCCUCACAUGGCGGACCUGGCCAAAGCAUGGGUGUUCUUCCUGGAAACGCCAGGGGAAUAAUGCCUGGUGCGGGCAUGGGGCCCAUGUGCCCACCUGGGCAUAUGAUGGGAAGGACAGGCCCCAUGGGUCCCCAGCAGCAGCUCCAGCAACAGCAAGCCAUGAUGGCCAACAGUCUUCUCCAGCAUCCCUCCAAUCCUUAUCCUGGAAUGAUGUCAUCUCAGCAGCACCAGCACAACCUGAUGGCGCGGCAGAGCGUGAUGAUGAUGCAGGCCAAGCAGCGAGGCAUGCCCAUUCCGGGAGAUCCCUUUGGCCCCCAGGCUCCUUUGAUGUCCCCUCAGGGUCCCAUGAUGGGCCCUUCACAUGCACAGACGGGAAUGAUGGGACACCAGUCCCUCAGACAGAGGGGAAUGUCUCUGGACAGCCCCAUUGGCUACGGCCCUGGCAGUAUGGCCAAUAUGCCUUUUUGAUCCACCUCACGUGGCCUGUAAAAGCGUCUCCAUUACAUUAGCAUUGUGUCCACGCUUUUUCAUUUUUCUUUCUUUCUUUCUUUCUUUUUUUUUUUUAUUCUCGCUUGAAAUGUUAUAGCUGUACGUCAGUAAUGAUGGUCUCCACAUUGCUACUGAUUUACAUGUUGGAUAUUUAAAAGCACUAUAAAAUGGUUUGAUGUUAAAAUCUGAAGCGCUUUUCUAAAAUACUGUAAAAUAUGUACAUUAAAGAUGUGCUUGUUUGUCGGGAAUCAUGUGGCAGUUACAAGAGGAGUGCCUACAAUUUCUAUUUUUUUUUUGCUGAUUCGUUUUCUCCAGUUACCAAAAUGUUGUGCAAAAAUCAAACUCCCUUCAAAAAAAAAAAACAAACAAAA